AUGCUCUCCCUGCUGGCUCUCUUAAUCUUUACAGCCACACUUCAUCACACUGUCGCCAGAACUUUUGACUGGAAGACAUCCAAAGCCAACGGCGUCAACCUCGGAGGCUGGCUGGUCCAAGAGUCGACCAUCGAUAACACCUGGUGGACUGCCAGUUGCGGGAACGCCACCGACGAAUGGACCUGCUGCGCAUCUCUGGGCCCUAGAUGUGGCACUGUCCUUGCCCAACGCUACGAGGCUUGGAUCACACCCAGCGACAUCGAUGAGUUGGCGUCGGCCAACAUAACACCACUCCGCAUACCGACGACGCUCACAGAUGUGUAUAGCGGCGAUCAGGCCUCCUAUUUGCAGAACAUAGCCUCCUAUGCUAUCAACGCGUACGACAUGCACAUCAUUAUCGACAUACACACGCUACCCGGGGGCGUCAAUGGACAGCCCUUCGGAGAGCGUCAAGGCGCCUACGGCUGGUUCAGUAACGCGACUGCGCUGGGAUACUCGUAUCGAGCAGUUUCAGCUGCCAUUGAGUUCACCAAGAUGUCCGGCUUCGCAUCGCAAUUCACCCUUGAACCUCUGUACGAGCCCAUAGACAAUCGAGAUACCAGCAAGUCCGACACCACACUGGCACUCUCUGAUACAGGAGCUGCGUGGGUGACCGAGUACAUUAAAGGAGUGUUGGCACUUGUGCAAGCUGCUGGAGCCGACAUCCCUGUCAUGAUAUCUGAUGGCUUCAAGGGUGAAGCCUACUUCUCGCCAUUAUUUCCAUCCACAGCAAACAUUGUCUUCGAUGUCCACAUUGAUUACUUUGCUGGCCGAAGUGCGGACUCCGGGACGGCUCAGAACCUGAUUUGCGAAGAUGCGAAGGACUCAGUCGGUGAUGGCAAAUUUCCAGUUUUUAUGGGCGAGUAG